CCGAACGUGACGUCACGACCGCACCACCCCCAAAGGCGGCAAACCCCCGCACGCACGAGCGAGGCGAGGCGGCGGUCUCGGGGGUGAGCACCAGCGAUGUCGGCGGCGGGGAAGGCGAAGGCGAAGGCGAGCGGCGGCAAGCGGGGCGCGCCGCCCAAGGACCCCGCCGACGCGCCGCUCCUCUCCGACAAGAGGCGGCGCGAGCGCGGCGGCAUGGACGACUCCGACCACGAGUUCGACAGUGACAUGAAGGAGAUCGUCACGCUUCUGCGACACAUCAAGGACAAGGCCCACAAGGACGGUCAGAAGAAGACGGAGCAGGCUAUCUCCAGUGUGGCAACAGAGAUUCAGACUAUAGUACAGGACACCAAGACUAAGUUUGAGAAGGAAAGGCAAAAUUUUCUGAAAGCACUGUCAAAGACUUCAAAAGAGUGUGAAGGCUUGUUGAAGAAUGAGUACACCAAACUUCAAGCAACACACGAUAAGUUCUGCAAAGACAAAGCUGCACACAUACAGAAUUUCAAAGACCUUUUCUCAAAGUUUGAAGAUGAUAAAGAGAAAUUGCUUAUGCAGUAUGAACUGCAAAGGAAGAAGGAGAAGACUACUCUGUCUGAACUUGAGAAAACAUUUUCAGAGAAGAUAGCAAAUGCAGAAGAAUCUCUGAAGAAGAUGAAGCAGGAUGACAAAUCAAUCCACAUCCUUCGCAAGUCCAUCGGCUCAUUUCUGGGUGGCGACGCUGAUGAUCAAUUUGGUCAAGAUGAUGACUGAAGCUGCUCUCACCUAAUGGGUUCUUUGAGAUCUAUGUGGAUAAUAUGUUAUUGGAGAAAAUACCAGUACAUAGCGGAGGCAAGGUCCGAUAGGGAGUUGAUAGUUCGACUGCACAGCUCACGUGUUUAGUUUUCAUAUUUCGCGUUGUUUUCUACUUGGUGUGUUUUAGUGUUGAGCUUAGGCUGAGAUUAUGCUAGCUUGGAAUCGCAUUUUCUGGUAGCAACAUUACAAAACUUGCUGUACUUACCGGGCCGGGAUGCUUUGCAUUUUUUGGUCAGUUUUGCUCGUCAUUUCACUGUGAA